UUGUUAGCAGCAUUUGGUUUGAGCUUUCUUUUAUGACCAACAGCCAGUGUUGGCUCCUUUGGGAGCCGUAGUUGAUGAAAUGACUCCAUUUUGCAUUCAUAGAAAAAACAUUUCUGCAUCUGUGUUUGCCUUAGUUUUGACAUCUCCGUUCUUUUAGGUAACCGGUUGGUAACAUCCAUUUAUUAUGUCAAUCUGUUGUUGAUGAGAUGAGGUCGCGAAAGGGUGUUGAGCAGAAGUGUCUAUGAGAAUGUGGAGAGAGGGUUAAAUGGUGUUUAGAGAUGGCAUCAGGAAGUUGGAUUUGAUCCCUCCCCCCAUUCUGAGCUCUGACCUCACUCCCUGAAAACUUGUCCCCCCAUGUGCUGCAAACACACACACACACACACACACAUAUACUCACAGAGUCACAUGCCUGCACACACUUGCUCUGAGGCACACAAACAUAGAGGGAAAAGAGAAAGAGGGGAUUAGAGACAGCAGGGCUACUGUGGAGGAGCAGAGGAGCAAGUUUGUUUACGGGAGAAAGAGUGGUCCACGUUUGUUCUGUUAUAAAAUGUAAAGAAGCCAGGGAGCAGAGGAGGAGGAAGAGAGGGAGAGUUAGGGAGGGAGCGAGGAGCAGCAGACAGAAAUGGAGAGGGUGAGGGCAGCAGUGUUGUGCUACAUUUAGCAUUGAGACUCAGACAAGGUGUACAACAGGAACUGAACACUGCAGCUGUGCAGGGACUGCUGAGAAGAAGAGGCUGCUGGUGGACACACAAACAAGGCGAGGGGAAACACUCACACAAGUAAAGGAGGACCUUCACCAUCAUCAUGAAUUAUUCAGAUCAGCUCAGGCUUAGCUGAGAGUUGCACCCUGUGCUCCCUGAGCUGAGCUGCAGCCUUAGGGAAUGACCAGUCCUGGAGAAACCGGACAGAAGAGGAAGCUGGAUGAGAGUAGCCAUCAGCUCAGGAGAACCAGGAGUGAAAGCAGAGAGGAGUUUGGUUUAGGGCAGGCUGCAGAACCAUGAGUGUACCCACCAACUGUGGCUUCUUCUACUCUGUGGAGAGGACUGUGACUGUGUGCAGUGGCAGCAGAUGGGGAUCACCGUGUGCUGUCAACAGGCCCAUAGACAUCAUUCAGAGACACAGGCGUUUUGAUGUGGAAAAUGGAUUGUCAGUGGGUCGCAGCCCCCUGGACCCUCAAGCCAGUCCAGGCUCGGGUCUGGUCCUGCAGGCCAACUUUCCCCACAGCCAGCGGAGGGAAUCCUUCCUCUACCGCUCAGACUCUGACUUUGACCUUUCACCCAAAGGUCCUUCCAGGAACUCUGCUGCUGCCAGUGACCUGGAGGAAAGCUUGAAGCACUGGGAGGUCAACUGGUUGUCAUCUCGGCACACAGAAGACAUGAUUGUCACACCGUUUGCACAGGUCCUUGCCAGCCUGAGGACAGUACGAAAUAACUUUGCCAUUAUAACAGGCCAACAAGAUCGACCAACAAGCAAGACACGGUCGUCAGGCAGUAACCCACCAUCUAUGUGUAAGAACAGUCUUGCAGAGGAGCCACACCACCAGCUGUCCAUAGAGACUUUGGACGAACUGGACUGGUGUCUGGAGCAGCUGGAGACGCUGAAAACCCGUCACUCUGUCAGUGAGAUGGCAUCAAACAAGUUCAAAAGGAUGCUGACCCGAGAGCUCACCCAGCUGUCAGAAACCAGUCGAUCAGGGAACCAGGUGUCUGAGUUCAUCUCCAGCACCUUCCUGGAGAAGCAGCAUGACAUGGACAUCAUGUCUCCCCCAGCAAAAGAGAAAGACAAGAAGAAGAGGCUGAUGUCCCAGAUCAGUGGUGUCAAAAAGGCCACACACAGCCCGAGUCUUGUUCACUCCACGAUCCCACGAUUUGGUGUCACAUCCUGUCAGGAAGGACCACUAGCUAAGGAGUUGGAGGACAUUAACAGAUGGGGCCUUGACAUCUUUAAAGUCUCUGAGUAUUCUGGGAAUCGCCCAUUGACGGUCACCAUGUACACCAUCUUCCAGGAACGUGACCUGCUUAAGUCCUUCAAGAUUCCAGCCGACACCUUCAUUACGUUCAUGAUGACUUUGGAGGAUCAUUACCAUGCUGACGUAGCCUACCACAACAACAUCCAUGCUGCCGACGUGGCGCAAUCCACGCAUGUCCUGCUGUCCACACCUGCUUUGGAGGCCGUGUUUACCGAUCUUGAAAUCCUUGCUGCCCUGUUCGCUAGUGCCAUCCAUGAUGUGGAUCACCCUGGAGUUUCCAAUCAGUUUCUCAUCAACACCAAUUCUGAGUUGGCUCUGAUGUACAACGACUCUUCAGUGCUGGAGAACCACCACCUGGCUGUGGGUUUUAAGCUUUUGCAGGAGGAGAACUGUGACAUCUUUCAGAACCUGAGCAAGAAACAGAGUCAGUCGUUACGCAAAAUGGUUAUUGACAUGGUUUUGGCCACAGAUAUGUCCAAACACAUGAACCUCUUAGCAGACCUGAAAACAAUGGUGGAGACCAAAAAAGUCACAAGUCUAGGAGUCCUGCUCCUUGACAACUAUUCAGACCGCAUUCAGGUUCUCCAAAACAUGGUGCACUGUGCAGACCUCAGUAAUCCAACCAAACCUCUGGAGUUGUAUCGACAGUGGACAGAUCGUAUCAUGGUGGAGUUUUUCACCCAGGGAGACAGAGAGAGAGACAAAGGCAUGGAGAUCAGCCCUAUGUGUGACAAACACAACGCCUCAAUCGAGAAGAACCAGGUGGGCUUCAUCGACUACAUUGUUCAUCCUUUAUGGGAGACGUGGGCGGAUUUGGUCCACCCGGACGCUCAGGAGAUCCUAGACACACUGGAGGAUAACAGGGAAUGGUACCAGAGCAUGAUCCCUCACAGCCCACUACCGACCACUGUGGGCCAGGAGAAGAAAACCCUGUCAGGAGAAGCAUUAGCUCCCGGCUCCACCUCGACUGACAAGUUCCAGUUUGAGAUGACCUUAGAAGAAGAAGUGGAGUCAGACAGUGAAAUUCCAGCUGUGAAGAAAGGUGGCUGCAGUCAGAGGAGAACACCUGAAAUUUCAAGAACAGGUUCUGGAAGUGGAUUUACUGCCAAGACUCACAGAUUUCCAAAAUUGACCACCACUGAUUCAGACAGGACGUUUUCUUUAGACUGUGAUGAGAACUCAGCAGAAGAAAGAAAAACAAACGAAGGUGUCUCUGGAUUAACACAUGUGAGAUUAGGCACAUAACACCAGUCAAAGAAAAACUUCUUGCCCCUUUUUUUCUUUCAUUUUGGUGCCUCUUCUAUCUCUGUCACUCCACUUCUCCCACUCCAACCUAACACCACCUCUGGUUUGUGUGGACAGGGUGUCAGUCUGGAGGAGUGGUAUAUGGAAGUGUGGGCAGGUGUUGGAGGUGUCAAAAGAGUCUGCAUUUUUUACACAGCAGUCAGUGGCACUGGAGGGAGACAAACUGACUCACGGAGGACUGGGAGCCACGUUUUUCUAACCAGCCUUUUGUGUUACACAAACACAGAGUUUUUUUCAUUUUUGAAAAAAAUGUCUCAUUUAGUAUAAGUACCAGCCAGCUUAAAGUCUUCUACAGCUACAGGUGGAAGUGUUGUACCAUUUAUUUACAGUGGUGAGUGACUGUAGAAAGUGACUCGCGGUCGUCCUUGAAUUAGGUCCAAUCAACCUAGAUUUUUAAAAAUCUGUAUACAGAAAUAUACCUGUGUUAGCUGAAAUGAAAAUGCAUAAUUUAUGCACUUAUUUGUGCAGCAAGAGUGAUACUCAGCACUUCUGCACAGCCCAUUUCAUUGUGUUCAGUAGAGAGUUUCCAAACCUGGCUCUCAUUAUCAUGCAUUUCACUAGUCGAGCAUUCAGCUUUUUAGUUCUACAGUUAUUUUAUGCUUAUGAGACUAUAUAACUAUGAGAGUGACAGCAAAAAAAAAACUGACCUGGAGUCAGUAAGGUGAUUUGCUGGUAUUUCGUCACGCCGGUAGCAUAAUGAGCCGUGUAUAUGGCGCCCCCAAGUGCUGGCGAAUAGAACUGAACGUCUGGCAUUUUGGAGCAAAUCCUGCAGUUGGCUUGAAAAACAUCUUUAAAAAUAUAUUUAACCAUAGAAUUUCUCGAAACAUAACAUGGAUUUUAGCUUUGUUGCGAUUUCAAAAUAUUUAUUUCUUUUUGAUCAAACACUUAUGUUUUGACUUCUUCAGUUUGCCUUCAAAGUUUUUAGCACUUUACAUUGUGUUCUUUUCCAGCCCUCACUGUUUUUUCUUAGGGCUUGAGCCAAAACCUAAACUUCCUGGAGGUAGUUAGAGUUUAAUAUUGAGUGCUGAGCGGCAAGCACAAAGAUGAUGCAAAAUUAACAAAAGCAGCCCGUUUAAUCCCAUUAUUAUUGCUGCAUACUGUGACUAAGACAACAACUGAGAUUCAGAUUUCUUCCAGACUGCUGUUACUGUAAAGACUUGGCUUUGGAUAUUUUCAGAGUUGGAUUUCAAAGCCAGAUUUCCCCCCACCCUUUUUCCUCUCAUUGAUCACUAUUUGACUCACAGCGUUACAAUCACUGACAAACCAAGUGCCAAGCAAGCAUGAUAGAACUCGUACUGUAAUUUCCACUUUGCCACAGGCUACUUUCCAUCAGCAUCAGUUUAUAAAGUUGUUUUAUUAUAGCCCUGUAUGUGCCAAUGUGACCCUCCUGUCUCUUUGCCCCCACCCCAUUCUAUCCAUACAGUAACAGCAAAACCUAAACCGACAUUUUUAUUAUUAUUAUUGAAAGUAAUAAUAAUCAGAAAACAGUAAAACCCUUUUCUGAUACUUUUACAGUUCUGAAUUUUGAGUACAGUUGAAGGUGAAUAUUGUGACUGUUAUGGUUCAGUCAUUUAUUUCUGGUUCAACGUAUGUCAUAUCCAAGAAGAUAGAAGAAGAUAAAGUUUCUGUUUAGAGGGGCUCUUAAUAGGAAGUUCAACUCCAAGUGAUAUUCCCAUUAAUAUACCCUGAGGAUUGGGGAACAUCACUGGUAGAAACCUCAACAGAAUGGACCUUAAUUGAAAAUGCCCAAUUAAAUGGGAUUGCAGACUGAUGUCAUGUUACUAAAAUAAGGACAUUAACUGUAAGGGUAACUAUUCGCAGAUGACAAACUUAGAGAGGGACCAUUUCUGUUUCCAUCCAUCUCACUAUUUUAAUUUCCUAUAUACAGUCUAUGGUAUCAACAUAUAGCUAAAUGUUUAACGAUAAGAAGUUAAUUUCUCUGUCGUUUUCAUUGUUUUGCUGACUGCAGACAUGUGCAGUCCUUCUUGUAGCCAUAAACAGCCUCUGACUGACCAACACUCAAAGAUGCCUUCAACACUAAGGUCUAUCUAACAACAGCCUCAACUGACAUGCUACUCAGUCUGUCACUAAUUAUGUGAUUUUGUACAUUGUGGUCACGUGAUUCAUGUAUCGUUUAUUUAUUAUUUUUAUUUUAUCGAUUAAACAGAAAAAUGAAGAAAAACUAUUUUUUGUCAAAGCUUUAACACUUACGUGUAUGGUGUGAGAGGCCAAUCAUGAAGCCUUUAACACAGUAAGUUCUUUUUCCCCUUUAUGUUGAAUUUCUUUAUUUUUGCCAGAUUAUACAUAGGAAAAUACACAUGAAUUUGUGUCUUUAAAUGAAAAAAAUUAACAGUACAGGUUUUUAAUCUGGGUUUCUGAUACUUCCCCUCUCCUGUUUAUACUGAUCCAAUCAGUUUGUUUAUUAAUUAAUGGUUUUACAGUAACGUGCUGAUUGGAAAUGUCUUUUAGUUAUAAUGUGCAACAAAGAUAAUUUAAUCAAAAAGCCUCAGUGGUAACCUUGGAACAGUGUUUAUUUUUCUUUUACAGAAAACGCAGCUUUGACAAUCUGACCUCUGAUUAACUGCAGGUGUGUUCCCUCCUCUCCAACUACAACUGUAUGCCUUGCCAAUAAAGAAAAAUAUAUCUCUUUUUGCGGACCUGACUUCUGGUUUGUGAGAAAAGUGGUAAGAUGAAU